AUGCUCCGGGCACUUCAGUCCUCCUUGCGGACAGCCGCCCAAAGAUCCUUGCAGGGCGCGGGAACCGCUCAGCCGCUGGCCAGGUUCCUGGAGCCGGUUCCCAUUGCCUUGACAUCGCCAUUGGGUGCAGUCCGGGAGAAGCAGACGAAGCGUCAGUCUUACUGGAAGCCGCCCCGCGCCAGUCCUUGCGGGCAGCGCGAGCCCCUCAAGGCGCACGUGGGACCGAAAGCCCUGCCAUCCGAGUUUGUCGAAGCCGGCAAGAUCAUCUGUCGCCAGCGCAAGUUCAUGGCCAAGAACCCCCACGUGACCCGCAAGCGCCACUUCAAGUACUAUCCCGGCCUCAACGUGAAGGUCCAUCGAACGACAUCCUUGCAGGCGGCCGUUAGUGGCCGAGUGAAGAUGACGCACGAUGUGCGCCGGGACGUUAUCAUCAUGAACGUCCUGGCCGAGCCCCGAGAGGAGCUACUCCGCGAUGAGCUCUGGCGCUAUCGCACAGAGCACGUGGAGUGCAUGGAAGAGAACACGGAAGUAUGCAUGCUUCGCUCCAAGGCCCUGCCGGUCUUCGGUAAGGAGGGCGGCUGGGUGAACCAACCGGUUGGCCCGAGACCAAUGAGGGCGCGCAUCUCAAAACUCAACGACAGCUGGAACAACCCAACAGUGCGUGAUCCUUUGGACAUCGAACCCUUCUGCUAUCCCCUGAAUCGGGAGCAGUUGGCACGCCACAUCAUGAAGGUGCGGAGAAAGCAGGCCGGCGUCCCCGACGAGGAGAAUGAUCCAGAGUUCCAGGUCACCGACGAAAGGUUCCACCUCUUCAAGGGCCAGACGGCGCAGCGAUGA